AUGAAUAAAGAAAUCCUUGACAUUUGUGGAAAGCUAAUCCCACCAGCAUAUAUUUUACAGGGCUCACAGGCUAGAACUUCUCAUGAGAACAAAAUUAAGCAACUUUUUCAACAUGCAAGUAAAUCUUUUUUUAGUCCAUAAUCAUCCAUUGCACAAGUUUUUAAAAAUUGUCAGAGUAUCAAAAUCAUCAGUAUAUAUCCUUAAGGUUUGUUGAUCAACAUUAUCCAGGGUCAUAUGUUGAGGUCAUGGAGAUGGUAUUUGAUAUGCAUCUCUUUUAGUCCUUAAAAAAUAAUUUUUAAAAAUAAAACAGUUGACUCUGUAGUGCAAUUAUAAAGUUGUCUACUGCCAACUUCAAGUAAAGAAAAAAGGCUGGGCACAAGUAUUUUUUUUCUGAAGGCAUGAGCCAAAAUGUUUUGAAAAAAAUAUUUUCUCUUAAUUAAAGCUUAAUAAUACACCAAUUGUGUCUCGUUGAUCUACUUAAACUAUAUUGCAGUCCAACCCCUUAUAAUGAUUUAAUUUUUUGGUGGCCAUCUUUCAUCCUGCAUAAUAACCAAAUCCACGCUUUACCUAACGUAUCAAGUGAAGGUCCUGUGUAUUUCAUAAAAACCUAGUUCAACUUGCCCUGUAGCCACUCAAACCCAUGCAAUCAAUUCUCUGGCACCUAUCAAUCAAAUUUUAAUAGUAAUAAAAGCAUUUGGGAGCUUAAAUGUCACAUUUUGAUUUAAUCCAAGUUUAUUUGGCCUUGUUUUCAACUCAUAAUUUGUUUCCUUAAUUUUAUUUUUUUAAACUGUUUAUAAAAAAGCACCUUUUUGUUUUUAUAAAAAAAAUUCUUAUUUGUCUCUUAUUUUAAAGCAAAAACUGCCGGAAGAUGGAUGGGAUGAACAGACAGUAGAACUUUUGCUUCAAGAAUUGGCUGUGAUGGACAGCAAUAAUUUUCCAGGAAAUUGUGGUGUUGGAGAACGAGAGGGUAGAAUAGCUUCAUCAUUGGUAGCUCGACGACAUUACAGGUUAUUGUUACAAAAAAUGGUUAUAAUUAAAACUGUCUUAGUGUAUGCACAUUCAUAAUAAAACAAUAAUGAUGGAAAAAUAAUAAUCAAUUAGAACUUAUAAUCUAUUAUGUUUUAUAUACAGAUUAUGCCAUGGUAUUGGGAGAUCUGGUGACAUAACUGCUGUUCAACCAAAAGCUGCAGGGUCAAGCGUCGUAAUGAAGGUUGCUAACAAUUUAGUUCUGGAUGCUAUUAAGUUGUCAGGUGUGUUUAAGGAGGAACCGGAAACGAAUCACCGCUAGUCGGACCCGGGUCACAUUAGACUAAAUGCUAUUCGGAUGUCAUUUGUGGUAGUUUAUUUUAGUUAAACUGAAUAAUUAGGUUUACAAACAUAUAUUCCAUUCAAUUAUCUUUCAUUUGAUACCAAAUUUUAUUUUACAAACCCAACAAUAAUAUUUGUAAUAUUCUUUAAUAAACCCAAACUCUCACUUCUGAUACCAGGUCUGAAUAGCCGCAGCCUAAGAAUAAUUUAAUUAAGCAAACCAUUUCAUGGGCAUUAGUUAACAAAGCAUAUUCUUAAACUUGUAACCCUAAAUAGCUACACAAAAGCUAUUAAUUAUUAAAAAUAAUUUGUUUUUUUUAAUUGUUUUUUUUUAUAAACUACACACACACAUUAAAAUCUAUUUUAUUUGUAGGCAUUCAUUCAGCAGCAAGCUGCUUUGUAGUUCCAAUGGCAACAGGGAUGGCUUUAGUAUUAUGCAUGCUCACAAUGAAGCUGAAAAGACCAAAUGCUAAAUAUGUGUUAUGGCCAAGAAUAGAUCAGAAAUCCUGCUAUAAAUCAAUGGUCACUGCAGGUGAGCUUGGCCUGUUAAUAUUUUAAAAAAAGCUGUAUUCAUUAAAGUUAACUGAGCAACUCAAAUUAGUGCCUAAGAUUUAAACUACACAUUUUCCAGCUAUGUGUCGGGAAUAGUGGUGGAAAUACUGAAAUUUGUUCUAAAAUAAAAUAUUAAAUUCUGAAGGAAAAUAGUUUUUUUGUUGUCUUAUUGCACUAUCAACGCUAUAUUUUCUUCUUUUCUUUUUUAGGUCUUGAACCUGUUGUGAUAGAAAAUCUUUUAGUAGGAGAUGAACUCACAACAAAUAUUUCUUCCAUAAAAAACAAAAUCAAGGACCUUGGAGCAGAAAAUAUAUUGUGUAUUAUGACAACUACCAGUUGUUUUACACCAAGAGUUCCCGAUAGGUAAACAAGAAAAAAGCAAAACCUAUUAUUAUAUAUGGAUGUAACUGGAGCAAUAAUUUAAUUUCUGUUUUUUUAAAGGAGUGUUCUUUCUAAUCUUACUCACUGACUCAACAAUGCCCAGUCUUGUGGCCAUCAGUGCAGUAAGUCAAACUUGAUAAAGGUUAAUUAUUAGUUAUCAAAUCUGCUGAUUUUUUCCUCAUUACAGAUUAGAGGAAAUCGGCAUAAUUUGCAAAGAAAAUAACAUUCCUCACCUUGUCAACAAUGCCUAUGGCCUCCAGUCAUCUAAAUGUACACAUCUGAUUCAACAAGCAGCACGUGUAGGAAGAGUUGAUGCAGUUGUUCAAAGUCUUGACAAAAACUUCAUGGUUCCUGUUGGUGGGGCAAUAAUUGCUGGAUUUGAUAAAGGUUUCAUCGAAGAAAUAGGGAAAUCAUAUCCAGGUAAAUUUAAUGAUGUCUUAUCACAUCCUACAUAAAAGAUAAAACUAUACAAAAGAUUUGUCAUCUGAUCCUUUUGUUACGUCAGUACCAUUCAGAAUUCUGUGUGUCUUAAACACAACUUUUGACUGUUUUGAACAGAGUUUUUAAGUUUUAAACUUAUUGUAUUAACAUGAGCAGAUUCUUUGAAUGCCUUGGAAUCCUUUCUGAAGAACAUAAUUAUGUGAUGGCCUUCAUUGAAUCUGUUUUGUUAAGGACUUUCGUUAGUCCUUUUGUCACUUUAAAAACCAUAUUAUUAACAAUUAUAAAAUACUGUCUUCAAAAAAUGAGUUUAAAACAUGCCAAUGACAUGAGGAAUAAGAAUUGGUAAAAUGUAUACAUUUUUCAUUGAUUUUUGUAUAACUUACUUUGGUAUUUUAUAUAAAAAUAUUUAGGUAGAGCAUCGGCAUCACCAUCAUUGGAUAUUUUCAUUACGUUGCUGAGUCUAGGAUCUCAAGGGUACAAGAAACUUUUGAAAGAUCGGAAGGAAAUGUUUACGUAUCUUUCAACAUCUCUUUCUGGCUGUGCUACGAAAUUUGGUGAACGUUUACUUCAGACAAAGAACAAUCCAAUUUCCUUAGGUAUUUGAAAUAAACAAGUCAUAAUUCACCCUAGACUACAAAGAUUAAAAAAAAUGGGAGUAAUUAGCUUUUUAAAAAACAAUAUUUUUAUUUAAAUUUGAGUUGACAAGUUAAAAUGAACUGUAUAUAUAUUCUCUAUAAUUCUAGGCAUUACACUCACACUAGAAAAUGAUCCUAAGGGAGAAAAGGCAACUGAAAUAGGAUCCAUGCUAUUCACCAGAUUUGUUUCGGGAACAAGGUAAGAAUUAAGUAGACAAACAAUGUUUUAAAUAUUUUACACCAAAACAAGAAUGCAUAUGUAUUUCAAAAUUAUCAAGCUUGUACUUUAUCAAGGUUUAUGGAAUAUUAGUACCAGGUAAUAUACAUUUAUUGUUAUAAACUUUUAUUUACUAAAAUAGAGUUGUUGCCCCUGGAAAGGACAGCGAAGUGAGUGGACAUGUUUUUAAGAAUUUCGGCUCUCAUAGUGACAACUACCCCACUGCCUACCUCACAGCAGCUGCUGCUAUUGGGAUUACAAAGUCUGAUGUUGAUUUGUUUAUCGGCCGCUUGGAAAAAGUUUUAACCAAAUUAAAACAGAAAACAUCUACACCUAAUAUAGAGAGUGGGCAAAACCAAAUGCUUUAAAAUCAGCAAAUAGAUGAAGUGACUGUGGUUCAUGACCAAGUGUCCUAGCUCAAUUUAUGCACUAAAAUUAUGAGCAAUGAAAUGACAUAUUUUUGAUGUUGAAAAAUUAUUAUGAUUAUUACUUCACGAACUUUUUCUUGCGAAUCAUAAAACCACAGAAAUCACACAUACUUUUUAUAAAUUAUAUCUUACAUAUGAACAAUGACGUGACAUUUUCUGUCUAACAUUUUGUGGGUUUUUUUAUAGUAAAGGCUGUGACGGCAUUUUUCAUAGCUAAGGGUUGUCUCCAUUAAAAAAACAAUAUAAAUGCAGUUUUUGUCUUAGAGACUAAAUUUCCCCCAAUUUUUUCAAAUAAUCUUUAAAUUGCUCAAAGUCGUAGAAGAAACAGCCCAAACCAAUUCCACUGAUUUUCUAUUUAUCUUAAAACCGCCUAGACAUGUAAACCUUAUUGCUCUCAUAAUCUUGUCUCACUUUAGUGCGAUAUAAUUACCAUUUAUACUUACUAAUAAUUCCUUUGGUUAACAUCGACACCUAAUUUAAAAUUUACACACUAUCAAAAGAAAGCAACAAUAACUCCUUUUCUGUCUGAUUUUACCAACGAGGCGUCAUGGGUAGGUUUAAUUGACAGAUUGCCACAAGAUAUUAGGCCUACUGGAGCUUCAUAUUGUGCAUUUUUAGGGUGUCCUUAACACAGUCAAUCCACUGGCAGCGUGGUCUUCCUCUGGCCCUAAUACUUAAAAUACUAGAGUACCUACUAUUGUAAACUUACAAUGCAGUUUGGUUGACAGGCAUUCCAACCAGUUGGACAGACCAAUUGAUUUGUUGUUUUGUCAUAUAUUGGCUGAUUGGGAUUGAUUGAUUGGAUAUUUAUAUAGCGCUGGUAUCCAUGCUACUUUAGCAUGCUCACUGCUCUCGUUUUCUUAAAUCUACUUAAACAAAAAAGUUUUUAAAUGUUUCUUAAAUGAUUUUUUAUCAUUUUCAAUUUCCCUCACAGAUUGAGGCAAACUGUUCCAUAAUUUUGAUGCUAUAGCUUCAAAAGAGCGCACUUUUUCUGUGUUCAUCCACACUGGAAAUUUUCAGUAAGGAUUGUCUGUGUUGAAGACCGCAGGUUCUUUAAGGAUGCAUGUUUAUAAAUCAGUUCUUUAAGAUAUUCCGGUGCAGAGCCUUUUAUGCAGCUGUACACCAGAGACAGAAUUUAGUAGAUAAUGCGCUCACUCAAAGGAUGUCACCAACCAAUUAUCUUAUUUUUCCCGUUUCCGAAUACUGUCUUUCUUGUUUUACCAGCUGCUCCCCUAAAACAUCUCGCAUGUGAAUAAUUUAUCAUCAAGACUUUUUCUAGUCUAGGUUGAUUGGAAUUGGUCCAUUAAUUUGGGUCUUUUUUGUCUUAUUUAUUUAAAGUAUGUAUCGG